AGGCAGCGCUGCGCACGCAACCCAGCUGGUAUAAAAGCAAGUGGGUCGCCUUGUGCUGGAAUAGUUCUAACGUGAAAAUACGAGAGAAUACUUGAAUACGAGCAUUACAGCAUAAAGUGUUGCUAUAAACGAAAGUAUGAAGGUCGACCAGAAAACUGUCCACGAGUUUGGUGUGCUACCAAAGAACCAUAAGCUGCCGACAUUUUCCAGCCAGGAGAGUACUUCAUCUGACAUAUCCUGCCCGACACUCAACCCCAGCCGGACAGUCAGCAUUAUUGCACCCGUGCUGGAUGAGAUCAAGAGCGAAAAGGGUUCAUGUCCAUGCACUGUGUUAAUGGUUGGUUGUGGCCAAGCACUCGACAAGGUCAUUGAUGAAGCCAAUAAGAGAUUUAAAGGCACACAUCAGAUUGUCGCUGCUGCCACAGAUUAUGACUGCAUUUUGUCAGCAGACGAGUACGACUGUUUUGUGAUACAUUGGGAUCCCCAGGAGUUUGAACAAGAGCUGAUCAGCAUUACUGAGAACAUCUGCUGUGGCUCAUUGGAUGUCAUUGUGUUGCUCGAACCCUGUGUGCGAUCCCUGAAGCGGUGCCUGAACUGCCUUAAACAGGGCGGAACUGUCAUCACAGCACGGGAUGCCAAUGUAACGGCAAGUGUACGGGCACUUGCCAGCAAGAAGCAACAGAUCAUCAUGCAGGAGUUGUAAACCCAUGUGCAGCAGCAUCAGUGGAUGCUAGGGCUGUGUGUAUAUAAUAUAUGUAUAAUGACCAAAAGUGUCGUGACUUCUGCACAGAGUUGGUGUUACUUGUCUGUUAAAUUUUCAUUCUCCCUCAUCCUGAUCGUGCACUAAGCUCGCAGGUGCGGAUCUAGGACGGUUUGCACCGGUUUCCAGAAACCGGUCACAGUCCUCAAAAUUCACCAGAAUGCACCAAAUAUAGCCAAAUUUUUUAAAAAUUCCCGGGGGGGGGGGGUGUGCAUGCGAGUUGCAUAUUUGUGUGUGGAUUUCAUGUUCAAGCACAGCAGGAUAGUUCUGGCUGAAUUGACAUUAUUACAUCUACUUGAUGUAUUAUGUAAGCUUGCAAUGUAGCAAGGCUAUAACGAUCUGGUGUGGAGCAAGUUAUGAUUAUCAGGGCUCUGCUAGUGUUGAGUGAGCUUUUGAUAGAGCUGUGCUAUAAUGGUCUGCCAGUGUUUAGCUAAAAUACUAUUAAGCUAAUUGAAAUCAUAAAUCAUAGUUCCCAUUUUACCUCUAACAUCUCUGCUUCCAAAUGCACCUAAUUAUGUUUGCUGUGCCGUCGGGACGUAUUUUCUGGAUAGUUGUGGCUGAGGAACAGUUUAAUCUAUGUGUAGAUUGAAGACAGGAGGUUGGCACUGUCAUGCGCUAGCACUUUAAUUUACCUCGGUUAUUUUGCGAAAGUGCAAUUGCUCCUCUGUGAUCUAGCAAAAUGGUAAAAUGGUUAGCCGUUUAAUAGUAUGCUUUAUAGCAGCUGUCAUCCUUAUUUCUUCGUUGUGAAGUAAGCAGUCGUGCUUUUACUGUACUGUAAAUAGUGUAUAGAUAGAUACCGGUACCUAUACGUUUUGUAUCAUUCCAAAUAAAACUUAAUAAAAAUAUGUCUUGUGUUGUGUUGUCUGUAAACA